UUCAUAUCGGUUACAUCAUUCACACGAAGUACACCGAAUACUAAGUGUUAGUACAUUGACGUGAAGUUUAAUGCAAAGUUUUUAUCAGUAUAGUUAUAAAUAUUUAGUCAAGCAAAAGUUUACUGAAGUUGCAAAUUGCAAAGACGACAAAACCAGUUCAUAGGUAUGUUGCCGCGAUAUCGUCAUCUACAAUAAAAUUUAUAUCGUAAUGCUUUUAGUACAUUUGCGAGUGUGUUCUGCGACACACGUAAAUUACGCGAUAAGUUAGUUUAAUUAUAAGUAGCGUAUUAAGAACUCUAUUGACUAGAUCUUGUUAUGCAGUUCUAAAUUUAAAUAUAAAGGAGACGAGUUGGCCUUCGCGCUGUUAUAAAUAAAAUAUGGAAAUAGCGCAUGAUGUCAAUGUGAAGUUAUUAUUUUUCGCACAAUCCAAAGAGUUGGCUGGUACCAAGGAAUCUACGAUACGUCUUCCCAACAAGAUUAGCUACAGUAAACUAUUGAAUAUCAUAGUGGACAGUUACAACUUAGAAGCUAUCAAAAACAAUAUAUUGUUGGCUAAGAACGAAGAAGUUUGUGACGAAGACAUUGAUAUAGAAAUCAGGGAGCGUGAUAGUAUUGCUGUUAUACCCCCAAUCAGUGGAGGAUAAAAGAAAUUUUUAGAAAAAAAAUAUAGAAACUUCAAUAUAAUUCAAUUUUUAAGUGCUUUAUAGACUAAAAUACAUUAGCACCGUAGUGCAAUAUUUUAUAAACAAUUAGAACUUUAAGUGUAUACAAAAUGGAUCACUUAAAACUAACUCCGGAUAAACUGUCAGUGGAUGAAAUCACGGAUCUGGUCACGGAUGACAGAUGCGGAGCAGUGUCUGUGUUUAUCGGAACUACUAGGGACAACUUUGAAGGGAAAAAGGUAUUAAGACUUGAGUACGAAGCGUACGAGCCCAUGGCAUUAAAGGCUAUGAAGUCCAUCUGCGACGAGGCGCGGGAUAAGUGGCCCGCCAUACAUAGCAUAGCUAUAUACCACAGACUAGGAAUGGUGCCUUGCAGAGAAGCGUCAGUAGUGAUAGCAGUGAGCAGUCCCCACCGGAGAGACUCCCUCGACGCCGUCUCGCACUGCAUCGAGACUUUGAAGGCCAGUGUACCGAUCUGGAAGAAAGAGGUCUACGAUGGAGACGAACCAGUUUGGAAGGAGAAUGUCGAAUGUGCGUGGUCAACUAAACGUAGAACUUGUAACGGUACAGUAGAUUCAACGCCAUUACCGACACCAGCGCCAAACCCAGCGCCACCGGUGGACAAAACGCUAGUUCAAAUCAACGUAUCGUGCGAGGAGUUACAACAACGCAUACAGAACUUUAUAGAAAGAAAGAGAGAGCAAGUGAAUGUCAGUAACAUUCACGACUUUAUACCAAAUAACGAGGCUGAUACUGAGGAAACUGAGACUUGCGCACGAGUGCGGACGCAGUUCGUCAGGCGGGGAGACUCUAAAGGGCAUUUGAAAGUACAUAAGGUCCACAACGAAUGGGGUCCUCAAACCGUGGCUCCGGGGGACUUCUUCCCAGAACAACGCGACCAGACUGGCUUACCUUCAUCGAUUGCUGAGCGAGUGGUGGCCAUAGAGAAGUAUCUGAACAUAGGACCAGUCUCCAAAGAUAUUUACAAGCGGUUAAAGGAUAUGGAGGAUAAGAUUGCUUAUUUGCAGUCCGUGUCGCCGGAGUAUGCUCAGUUUUGGAAAAGUGCAAAAGACAGGGACGUGAAACAGGAGGUGGCGAUGGACUACGCGUUCUCCGCUGAUGACAUCGCGAGGAAGAUUGAACAACUCGAAAAGGGCAUGAUGAUGAACUAAACUCAUUUACUCCGAAUUCAACAUUGUCUCUGCCUUUAUCGUUCGUUAUUUGUGUCAACAUAUUAUA